AUGUCCUAUAAUCAAUUUGGCUACUAUCCCAAAAAUAGGGGAAAUCUGACAAGUAAUGAUGCUACCUCUACGGAUAUCAAUAAUAGCAGCACAAGCGGUUUGAAUGUCCAAAAUCCGGGAACUACUGGUAAUCAAUUAUACAUGGGGGACUUGGAUCCUACUUGGGAUAAGAACACUAUUAGACAAAUUUGGACAUCUCUAGGCGAAGCGAACGUUAACGUUCGGAUGAUGUGGAACAACCCCUCUAAUAGUGGUUCUAGACCAUCAGUGGGUCCAAAGAAUAAUCAAGGAUAUUGUUUUAUUGAUUUCCCCUCCUCCACACAUGCGGCAAACGCCCUUUUGAAGAAUGGGAUGCUUAUACCCAAUUUCCCAAAUAGAAAAUUGAAGUUAAACUGGGCUACAUCAUCCUAUUCGAACAAUAUUAACGGUGCCAACAUGAAGAGCGGUAAUAGCUACUCUAUAUUUGUUGGAGAUUUGGCACCAAAUGUUACUGAGUCUCAACUAUUCGAGCUUUUCAUCAAUAGAUAUGCCUCUGCCUCUCAUGCCAAAAUAGUACAUGACCAGGUCACAGGAAUGUCCAAGGGAUAUGGUUUUGUAAAGUUUACCAAUGCUGAUGAAGAACAGUUAGCCUUGUCAGAAAUGCAGGGCGUCUUCUUGAAUGGUAGAGCCAUAAAAGUAGGUCCUACGUCUGGUCAGCAACAGCAAAACGUGCAUGUCAAUGGUAAUAUCGAUCAAGGCCGUAGCUCUUCAUCAUUAAACAAUGAAAAUUUCGACCCGAGGUUUCACUCCAAGAACCAAUCAUUAUUAGGCAAUGUUGCCAAUAAUAUGAGCUCGAAAGGAAACAAUGUCUCGCAAUUCAUUUAUCCAGUGCAACAGCAGCCAUCUUUAAACCACUUCACUGAUCCAAACAACACGACUGUCUUUAUUGGAGGACUAUCAUCGUUGGUGACUGAGGACGAACUUCGUGCUUACUUCCAACCUUUUGGUACAAUUGUUUAUGUAAAGAUUCCAGUUGGCAAAGGUUGCGGGUUUGUUCAAUAUGUCGACCGACUAUCAGCCGAGGCAGCCAUUGCCGGAAUGCAAGGUUUUCCCAUCGCAAAUUCAAGAGUUAGGCUUUCUUGGGGUAGGUCUGCCAAGCAAACGGCGUUGCUUCAACAAGCCAUGUUAAGCAACUCUCUGCAGGUUCAGCAACAGCAACCGGCUUUACAACAACCUAGCUACGGAUACAUUCCUUCUAGUACGUACGAAAAUCCCGCUCCGCCAAAUAAUCACAUUGCAGCUUCGAUGCUUCCAGGUUCUCAAACUUUGAACUAUCCUGAUCCAUACUCCAAUGCUAGUGGCCUAGGCUUGAACGGGUUAGUUUUCUACGGUAAUAACAAUGCUACGAAUGCAUCUGCUGCCAGUCUAGCAACUGACUCUAUGGGCCCUCCAGACGCCAACGCUCAGCAAGUUAUGAUGCAAGGGAACGAAGCGUUUGCAAGCAACACAAAUGCAAUGUUAAACCGUUUGGAGCAAGGAAGUAAUGGCUUUAUGUUUGCUUGA